AUGGGAUUGCUGCUGCGAAGCGAAGAGGUGUGUCUGGUCCAGCUCUUCCUCCAGUCUGAAUCAGUCUACAACUGUGUUAGCGAACUGGGAGAACUGGGAUUGCUGGAGUUCAGAGAUCUGAACCCUCAUGUCAACUUGUUCCAGAGGAAAUUUGUGAAUGAGGUCAGGAGGUGUGAGGAGAUGGAGAAGACGUUUGCCUUCCUGGAGCAGGAGAUCAGUCGCUCCCUGUCUCCUCCUCUGACUGAGCCGCUGACCAUUCAGAGUCCUGCCCCAUCAGCCCCUCAGCCCAGGGAGCUGUUAGAGAUAGAAGAGGAAAGUGAACGACUGGCCAGAGAACUAAGAGAGGUGUCAAAGAACAGGGACAGUCUGAGGAGUCAGCUGGUCCAGCUCAGUCAGUAUCGUGGGGUACUUAUUCGGACACACUCCCUCACUGAGUCACAGGUCACACCCCCUCCUCCUCCUCCUCCUCCUCCCUCUCUGGACACAUCGUCACUGCUGGACUAUGGUCAUGAUAUGCACCUCAGCUUUGUAGCGGGGGUGGUCCAUCCAUGGAAGGUGUCAGCCUUUGAGCGGCUGCUGUGGCGAGCUUGUCAGGGCUACAUCAUCGCUGAUUUCCAAGAGAUGGAGGAGAGUCUGGAGAUACCUGAAACGGGUGAAAUGGUGAAGUGGAUGGUUUUUCUCAUCUCGUACUGGGGCGACACCCUUGGUCACAAAGUCAAGAAAAUCUGUGACUGUUUCCAUACCAACACAUUUACGUACCCAGAGAAUGUGGAGGAGAGACAAGAAGUCCUGAAGGGUCUGCAGACCAGAAUAGAGGACAUCACAGUGGUGCUGUCCCAGACCGAGACUUAUCUGCAGCAGCUGCUGUCCCGCUGUGUGUCUGUCCUGCCACAGUGGAAGGUGCGGGUGGGGAAGUGUAAAGCGGUCCAUACAGUCCUGAACCUGUGCAGUCCCUCUGUCACAGACAGCUGUUUGAUAGCAGAGGCCUGGUGUCCAGUCAGGAAGCUGCUGCUGUUGCAGAGUGCUCUCACUGAAGGAACGAGGAGAAGUGCGAGUGGUGUGGACUCAUUCUACAACCGCCUCCCAUCCUCUUCCUCCUCUUCUCCCCCUCCCACCUUGUUCACCACCAACUCCUUCACAUCUGCUUUCCAAAGCAUUGUGGAGGCCUAUGGAGUCCCCAGAUACAGGGAGAUCAAUCCAGCUGUCUACUCUAUGGUGACGUUCCCCUUCUUGUUUGCUGUGAUGUUCGGAGAUGUGGGCCAUGGUCUGCUGAUGGCCGCGGCUGCUCUCUGGAUGAUCCUGCGGGACAACAAGGACGCACACAGUGGAAAUGAGAUGUGGGAGAUGGUGUAUGCCGGCCGCUACCUGAUCUUAUUAAUGGGCCUGUUCUCAGUCUACACUGGUGCGAUCUAUAAUGACUGUUUCAGCAGAGGCCUCAGCACCUUCCCCUCAGGAUGGCAUCUGAGACCUAUGAACUGGAGUGAUGAAACCCUCAGAGGGAGCCUGUAUCUAAGUUUGGACCCCAAUGUCACAGGAGUCUUCCAGGGGCCGUACCCUUUCGGAAUCGACCCGAUCUGGCAUCUAGCAAACAACCACUUGUCCUUUCUCAACUCCUAUAAGAUGAAGAUGUCUAUAGUGAUCGGAGUUGUUCACAUGACCUUUGGAGUCUGCCUGUCCUACUUCAACUACAGACACAGAGCUCAGUGGGUGAGUGUGUUCCUGGUCCUGCUCCCUGAGCUGGUCUUCAUGCUCGGCCUGUUUGGCUACCUGGUGUUUCUGAUUGUUUACAAGUGGCUGGCCUACGGGCCGGGGCAGUCGGACCGAGCUCCCAGCAUCCUCCUGCACUUCAUCAACAUGCUUCUCUUCACUGACAGCAAGGACUCCCUGCCUCUGCACCCACACCAGUGGAUCAUCCAGAGAGCGGUGAUGCUCGUGGUUCUGGCAUCAGUUCCUGUCUUGUUGCUAGGGAAACCUCUCUACCUGUGUUACUAUCACAGCGGUCAGUGCACAGCAGUAAGUUCUAGAGAGCGGUCAGUGGUGACAGACACCAGCUCCAUCAACGCCCUGCUGGGAGACCUGGAAGAAGGCAGAAGACGACAGGAGGAGGAGGAAGAGGAAUUUGAUGCAGUUGAGGCGUUCAUGCAUCAGGCCAUCCACACCAUAGAAUACUGUCUUGGAUGCAUCUCCAAUACGGCCUCCUACCUCAGACUGUGGGCCCUCAGCCUCGCACACGCACAGCUGUCAGACGUGCUGUGGAUGAUGGUGAUGCGCGUCUCUCUCUCUUGGCGAGGCAUGCUGGGAUCUGUAGUUCUGGCUGUCAUAUUCUCCCUUUUUGCUACACUCACUGUCUCCAUCCUCCUGGUGAUGGAGGGAAUGUCAGCAUUCCUACAUGCCCUCCGCCUGCACUGGGUGGAGUUUCAGAGUAAGUUCUACAGCGGGACAGGAUACAAGUUCAGCCCAUUCUCCUUCUCCUCUGUCAUCAACUCUUUCAAGUCCUAG